ACCGAGGGGUAAUUUCCCUCACACCCAUCUCAGGACCUGCUCUGAGGGGUAACUCCCCACAUGCUCAGGGCACUGCAGCCGGGUGUAAUUCCCCUUAGGUGUGCUCGGGAUGCUGCAAUGAGGGGUAAUUCUGCACCCCCUCGUGUGCACAGGAUCAGGCAACGAGGAGCUGGUACACCCUUCCCACUCUUCUAUCUUCAGGGCCCUGAAGUAAGAGGAAAUUCUUCCCCCACAAUUGGCUCAAGAUCAAGCGCUAAAGGGAGAUAAUGGAGCUUCCAGAGGACCUUCCUUACACAUCCUGUUGUGGUGUCUACCUGCUCCCAAGCCCACAAAAGUUCUGUCACAUGCUGUUAAAAGAUCAUAAUCUGACAACUCGCCAGCCUUUCCACCAGCUUCUGCAAAAGAAACCAUCUCUUCCAUCUGCAGUGUGGCAUCGUGCAGUAAGAGGCAUGUUUAUUCAAACCCAGGACACACCAAAUCCAAAUAGCUUGAAGUUUAUUCCAGGAAGGGAAGUGCUAGAGUCGAGGACUAUGGAGUUUUCCACACCAGCUGCAGCCUAUUGCUCACCUUUAGCAAGACAGUUAUUCCGGAUUGAGGGAGUUAAAAGUGUUUUCUUUGGGCCAGACUUCAUCACAAUCACCAAGGAGAGUGAAGACCUGGAUUGGAACUUACUGAAACCAGAUAUUUAUGCAACCAUAAUGGACUUCUUUGCCUCUGGCUUACCUGUGGUUACUGAUGAGGCACCUAGGACAGACACAGCUGCUUCAGAAGAAGAUGAUGAAGUUGUACUGAUGAUUAAGGAGCUGCUGGAUACAAGAAUCAGGCCCACAGUGCAAGAGGAUGGUGGUGAUGUUAUUUACAAAGGCUUUGAGGAUGGGAUUGUGCAGCUGAAGCUGCAGGGGUCGUGCACCAGCUGCCCCAGCUCCCUCAUCACCCUCAAGAGCGGCAUCCAGAACAUGCUCCAGUUCUACAUCCCUGAGGUGGAAGGCGUUGAGCAGGUUGUUGACGACGAUGAUGACGUGGAGAAAGAAGCGAAUUCUACUUGACUUCGUCAUCUGUGGCCAAAUAAACAUUUGCCUCCUGCUGUAGGUAAACCAUCUUUGUGCUGAGGAGCAACCAAAUCUGCCUUGUCAGAAAAGUAGUUGUACUUACUGUGAGAAUGUCCCAGCAGUUCAUCCACUAAUUUAUUAAAUGCCCUGGAUUACAAAAAAAUUAUUCUGCUAUGUCUUUAGAAAGAAAUGGUGGGCUCAGAAAACAGUGAUGUGUUUCUUCAUUGUUUUUUCAUACAGAAACUUCAGUACCGAAAAAAAAGAGAAGGCAGAAGUUCCUUGGCUUUUUUGUGCAAUAGCAGUGUUAAAUGGUUAUUCCCCCAACUUGUGAGACUGACAGGACUCUCUGCCCUUACUCUGUAAAUGGGAGCUUCAGGAAUGUUAGUUUUAUUAAGUCUUGUUAAAAAGCUGCUGAUUGCUAUCAAAUUCUUGUGUGUGAAAGAUAACCUAUAAUAUCAACUGUUCAUUUUGGGGGAUGUAACACUGUGGAAAGUUACCUCCUUGCUCAUUGCCACUGUGCAAACCAUAGCAACAGAAACAAAAAACGUUUGUUAUAAAAAUCGUACCUUCUAAAGCAAAUGUUAGAAAAGAAUGAUCCUUAUCAGCUUCAGUAAGUAGGCUAAUCAGCUCAUUUAGCAGGAAAAUCGUUCAGCCACCAUGCUGAUUUCCCAGCAUCGGAAGGAAGGUGCAGUGCUGGAGGCACGGACUGCCUGUGCAGGGUGGCAGAGGGAAGCAGGGCCUGUGUUUGUGUUUGCUCCUGCCACAUCCUGUUUGCCCGAGACGUGGCAGAGCAGGGCUCCUUCCAGUCCUGCACACCACGGCAGGGGAGUGUUUGCUGUUCUGACGUUGAAACGCGUGAACAGGCUUUGCAAGGAGCUGUGUUUACUUUUGUGUGUAGGAAUGAUUUCUUCCUGGUGCCUGGCUUUGUGACCAGGAAUUCUGUUCCUUCUUUGUGCUGCCACCACGGAGCUGAGUUUGUGGUCCUCAUUUGGCUUAGGAUUGGCUUGACAGCCUCUGGAGUGUUCCCCUCUUUCAUCCCUUGCCAGUCUAAUUAUUCCUCUGAUAAAGUCCCUAAACAGGAUCAGUUCAGCUGGUGGAGAAUCUCCUCUAUAGCACCACAUCAGCAUGUGGUAACCAUAAACUACCUAUUACUUGGCAUAAAUUUGAAAAUAAAUAUUUUAGCUAAAUACUUCUUCA